AUUGGAAAUAAAUUGACCUUUGUUUCUGUAAAUAUGUUUUGUGUGCAUCUUGAAAACGUUCUUUUGAAAUAGACACGUUCAAACGGAGACACUUGUGUUUGUGUCCCGAUCGAGAAGUUUAAUGAUUCAUUCUGCGUCUCAGUGAAACAGUGACUGUUUCUUCUGGGACGUCACGAGCCGGGACGAGGUCCGGAUCAGACUCUGUCCCACAGAAACCCACACUUCAUGUGUGUGUGUGUGUGUGUGUGUGUGUGUGUGUGUGAAGGUUAAUGAAAACAGAGUCGGUGUGUUUGGACAGAGUCGGGGCUGUCGUCACGUCAGCAGCCUCCCAGCAGGUCGACGGAGGACGAACCUCUCGACGGGGUCGAUUUCCUCCGUGUGUUUUCACACCCGACACAUCCUGCAGCUUCACGUGUUCUUCAGCUUCACGUGUUCCUCAGCUUCACGUGUUCCUCAGCUUCACGUGUUCUUCAGCUUCGCGUGUUCCUCAGCUUCACGUGUUCUUCAGCUUCACGUGUUCCUCAGCUUCACGUGUUCCUCAGCUUCACGUGUUCUUCAGCUUCACGUGUUCCUCAGCUUCGCGUGUUCUUCAGCUUCGCGUGUUCCUCGGCUUCGCGUGUUCUUCGGCUUUGCGUGUUCCUCGGCUUCGCGUGUUCUUCGGCUUCGCGUGUUCUUCGGCUUCGCGCGUUCUUCGGCUUCGCGCGUUCUUCGGCUUCACGCGUUCCUCGGCUUCACGAGUUCCUCGGCUCCACGUGUUCUUCGGCUUCACGUGUUCCUCGGCUCCACGUGUUCUUCAGCUUCACAUGUUCUUCAGCUUCACGUGUUCUUCAGCUUCACAUGUUCUUCAGCUUCACGUGUUCUUCAGCUUCACGUGUUCCUCGGCUCCACGUGUUCUUCAGCUUCACGUGUUCUUCAGCUUCACGUGUUCUUCAGCUUCACGUGUUCUUCAGCUUCACAUGUUCUUCAGCUUCACGUGUUCUUCAGCUUCACAUGUUCUUCAGCUUCACGUGUUCUUCAGCUUCACGUGUUCCUCGGCUUCACGUGUUCCUCGGCUUCACGUGUUCCUUGGCUUCACGUGUUCUUCAGCUUCACAUGUUCUUCAGCUUCACGUGAUAAAAAACAGUUUGGACGCGUGGAGGAGGUCGGGGGAGGGUAUAUCCUGAAAUCGAGAAUCAUCGUGUUCUCGUCAGCUCAGAAUGAGCCUUCACAUCCAGAGUCGCCGCCAUGUUCCUAUGGAAGCCCACAGUGGACAAAACCAGGCGCCGGCGCCGCAGAGGGACUCUGGAGGCAGCCUGUGCUUAUGUCAUCGCCCUCAUGGCGGUGUACUGGUGCACCGAGGUGUUGCCGCUGGCCGUCACAGCGCUGCUGCCGACCAUCCUCUUCCCCGUCCUCGGCAUCAUGGAGUCUAAAGACGUGUGUAUGCAGUACCUGAAGGACACCAACAUGCUGUUCGUGGGGGGGUUGAUGGUGGCCGUGGCCGUGGAGCAUUGGAACCUCCACAAACGCAUCGCGCUCAAGGUGCUGCUGCUGGUCGGCGUCCGACCCGCCCUGUUGAUGCUGGGGUUCAUGGGCGUGACGGCCUUCCUGUCCAUGUGGAUCAGCAACACGGCCACCACCGCCAUGAUGGUCCCCAUUGUCCAGGCCAUCCUGGACCAGCUCCACAGCAACGUAGACCCCGGACCGUGGUCCAAGAGCCAGGGCCGGACGGCGGUUCCCCACCAGGAGCAUCAGGAGGAAACCAUCAGUGACCUGAAGAACGCUGCUCCCCACGUCCUGCAGAAAGGUCUGAACGGGUCGAUCGAGACUCAAGAGAAAACCACGAGUCCACGAGACGACGUGUCCGUCGAGCACGAAGAGAUGUCCGAGCUGGAGACGGACGGACGAGUCCAACCGACGCCUCGAGACAAACCUCCGUCGGACGCCGGCGGUGGAGCUGUGGACACAGGCUGCUGUCCCGUGGAGCUGGAGGAGCUGAGCGACGUGGAGGAGGAGACGAGGACGAUGAGUAAAGGCCUCCUGCUGAGUGUGUGUUACGCCGCCAGCAUCGGAGGCAUCGCCACUCUGACAGGAACCGGACCCAACCUGGUUCUGAUUGGUCAGAUGAGUCAGCUCUUCCCUCAGAACGGCGACGUGAUCAACUUUGCGUCCUGGUUCGUGUUCGCCUUCCCCAUCAUGGUGCUGAUGCUGACGCUCGCCUGGUUCUGGCUGCAGUUCCUCUACAUCGGCUGCAACCUGCGGAGGACGUGGGGUUGUGGGGCGGUCCAAUCAGAGAAGGAGCGAGCGGCGUACAAUGUGAUCAGGGACGAGCACCGUCGCCUGGGACCCAUGAGCUACGGAGAGUGCAGCGUCCUGGCGCUCUUCAUCCUCAUGGUGGUGCUGUGGUUCACACGAGACCCCCGAUUCAUGGACGGCUGGGCCACGCACAUGUUCAACGCCAAGGCUGAGUUCGUCACUGAUGCGACCGUCUCGCUCUUUGUCGCCGUGCUGUUGUUCGUUCUUCCCUCUGAGCCUCCGAGAUACCUCUGCUGCUGGAGGAGCUCCGACUCGGGUAACACACACACGCACACACACACACACACACGCACACGCACACACACACACACACACACACACACACACACACGCACAGAGCAGAGCACGUGGAGUUGCCUUCGGAGUUUUGAUAUUUCUUAUGUCCAAUCAGAGUCCCGGGUGUCACGAGGCCCCGCCCCUCCUCUGCUCACCUGGCAGGUGACUCAGAGGAAGAUGCCCUGGAACAUCGUCCUGCUGCUCGGAGGAGGCUUCGCUCUGGCCAAGGGCAGCGAGGAGUCCGGUCUAUCCCGCUGGCUCGGCACUCAGAUGACCCCGCUGCAGUCCAUCCCUCCCUGGGCCAUCUGCAUCAUCCUCUGCCUCCUCGUCGCCAUCUUCACCGAGUGUGCCAGCAAUGUCGCCACAGCAACACUCUUCCUGCCCAUCCUGGCCUCCAUGUCUCAGUCGAUGGGUCUGAAUCCUCUGUACGUGAUGAUCCCCUGCACACUCAGCGCCUCCUUCGCCUUCAUGCUGCCAGUGGCCACGCCCCCAAACGCCAUCGUCUUCUCCUACGGCCUCCUCAAGGUGUCCGACAUGGCUCGAACAGGCGUGGUGAUGAACGUCAUCGCGAUCGGCUGCAUCAGUCUGGCCAUCAACAGUUGGGGACGCGUAAUGUUUUCUCUGGACACGUUCCCAUCGUGGGCCAACGCCACUCUACCUGUGUAGACCCGCCUCUGUUUCCUACAACCGGCUGCUGUUUUCAGGCUCCGCCUCUGGACUCGGGGUGAAGUUUCCCCAACUGGGAAUUUAUUUAAAUUCAUUGUGAAAAACGCAGGAAGGCGUCGUCUGCUCCUCACCACUGAUCCAGAGUCUGAGCAGCCUACAUCCACUCUUCUACUUUAUAGUUUUAAAACUCAUCACGGUUGCUACAGUUACGCAUGGCGUGAACACGACUCCGGAGUUUUCCCGCCUGUGAAUCAGAGACUUGUGGAAAUGCUGCUGGUCCACGUUUUAGUGUGAAAAUUCUGGGGUUGUGUUUUAGUCUGGACGGACAGAAACGAAACGUUUUGUAAACGACGACGCAGACGACGCCCGUUCUCUUCUCUGAUUGGUUCAGCGGUGAAGGCAAAGCGUCGCUAACACUUCCUGUCAGUGACAGUUCCACAUCGUCAUCGUCGUCCCUGCUCUGACUCGUCGCCAUCGCUGUUCGUCCUUCAGAGGAGUUUCUGUAUCUAUGCAAGCAACUGCAGAGGAGACGACCCACUUCCUUUUACACCCGAGUGGUCAUGUGACAUGUGUUUUCAGGUGUGUUCAUGUGGACUGAGGUGGUUUUAGUUUUUAAAAAAUUAAAACAUACUAGUGUGGAUGUAGCAUAUAACCUGAGUCUGCAGUGAGGAGUUAUUGUUAAUGCUGCGUUCCAUUACAUCUUGGAACGUCGGGGUGGUGAUAAUUUUCCGACCUCCCAAGUCCAAGUGCCGAGAUUAUACUGUAACGAUAAACCAGACUUCCGAGCUCCGAGGUAUAAUGGAAUCCAGCAUAAGUUACCAUCAGUGAACUUCCUGCAGAUGUUUCACCUUACAAGCCUGAAAGGUGAAGGAUCCAUCCCCACACACUCUGCUGCUACUGCGUCCAGGUCGUCCUGAGUUUACAAGAUCUGCUGUUCACCCCGAAUUUAUAUAAUAGAAACUGAAAUUGGAAAGAAAAACACUUCCUGUUACCUCCCUAUUAAAAUCUCAGAGAAGUCUCAGAGAUCAAGUCAGGUUGUGACUCUCGAAUCAUUAUUUUCUUCUGUGGUGGUUCUGAUUCACAGUUGUUCUUUGGGAAACUGACUCUGGAACAGUGAACAGACUCCGGCUCUCAUCCCUGUGAAUUGGAAAUUAUUUCAAUUAGUCAUUAGAAAAGAUAUAUGUUGUGUGUUUUCUAGUGUUUUCUAUUUAAAGCCUGUGAGUUUUAUUAAGUAACAUAGUUUUUAUGUACUGUACAUUUGUAACUUCCUGAGUUUUUUAUCGUCUGUUUCUAACGGUUUUAUUUGGCAUCAAUAAAGGUCAAUCUUUAAAUUAA